AUGAAUCUGCAGGCGCUUUCGGUGCUCUCGGCUGAGACGGGACUUGAAUUCGCCAUGCCAAGCCAAGCAGCUGCUCGGGUGAAGGAGUUGGCUGCGAAGGCAAAGCUUGAGGAUGAUGACAUGAUUGCCAUGAACAAGGCCUUGUUGGAUGUCAUCAUGACAGGAGACUUCGACACAUACAAGCUGUUGUGUGAUGAGAAUUUGACCUGCUUCGAACCAGAAGCCAAAGGACAUUUGGUGACAGGCUUGGACUUUCACAAGUAUUACUUUGAUCUUAUGAAGGGUGAUGGACCCAGUGCCAAGCAGGAUGUGCGGAACACGAGUAUCGUGGCACCGGUCAUUAAAUGGAUGUGCAACAACACGGCGGCGACGGUUUGCUUCAAGCGACUGGUCCAAGUGGGCGUGAAUACCGUCGCCACAGAGGAGACCAGAGUGUGGGAGUUCUGCGGUGGCUCCUGGAAGCUGCGGCACUUUCAUCGCUCACAUGGCUGA